CACGUACACACACACACACACACACAGCAACUCUCUACAGGAAAAGCUAGAGACAGAAUGCGCAGCCCCUUCACAGCAGCUCUGGUGCAUCGCGGUGUCCAAAUGGGAUCUUGCUCUACACUUUGAUAGUUGGUUAAUUACUCAUAUGAUACCACACAGAUGUCUGGGGGGCUCUAGCCGAAACCUCGUCUCACUAACUCACUGACUGACUGACGGGAUCCUGGGGAAGGCAGACAUUUAAGGAGCGCUGUGCUAAAUAGCCAUAAUCAGGCUCAUAUCACCUCAUCUGGAACUCAAAGAGCGAACUGCAUUCCGCAAUGGGCAUUAUGAGGCUACAACUGUUUUUGCUAAUGGCCGUCCUGGCCACUGUUGGAAUAUGUCACAUUAAUGGAACAGAGGAAGUCCUUCAAAACUUUACCACCUCCAGAACCAAUGUGCAUAAAGUUCCCCUGCCUAAAACCAGAAAUAACAAUACCAGACCUCCAUCCUGCAAGGACCCCACUUUCAUCAAGCGCUAUUUUAAAUAUAUUAACACAAUUAUUUCCUGUGCUGUGUUUGUGGUGGGAAUGGUGGGUAAUGCCACCUUGCUGAAGAUUAUUUACCAAAACAAGUGUAUGAGGAAUGGACCCAACGCCCUCAUUGCCAGUCUGGCUCUUGGAGAUCUCAUCUACAUCACCAUAGACAUCCCUAUCACUGUCUACAAGCUACUUCUCGGAAAAUGGCCAUUUGAUGACAGCUCUUUUGGACUCUUCCUGUGUAAACUGGUGCCUUUCCUCCAGAAAGCAUCUGUUGGGAUUACAGUACUCAAUCUGUGUGCUUUGAGUGUGGACAGGUACAGGGCUGUAGCAUCUUGGAGCAGGGUGCAGGGGGUCGGCGUCCCCCUCUUCACUGCCAUUGAGAUCAUCUCCAUCUGGGUCAUUUCCAUCAUCUUGGCUGUACCAGAGGCAGUGGUCUUCGACAUGGUCACCUUUAACUACAGCAACCAAACCUACCACACUUGCAUGCUCAAGCCUGAAACUACACUGAUGGAGUUCUAUGUCCGUUGGAAAGACUGGUGGUUAUUCGGCAUUUACUUCUGUGUGCCACUGGCCUGCACAGCUAUUUUCUAUACUCUCAUGACAUUUGAAAUGCUCAACCGCAGAAAUGGAGGCCUUCGGAUCGUCCUCAGCGAACACCUUAAACAGCGGCGUGAAGUGGCUAAAGCAGUCUUCUGUUUAGUGCUGAUCUUCGCUCUUUGCUGGUUCCCUCUUCAUCUCAGUAGACUGUUGAAGAAAAUGGUUUAUGAUCAAAAUGAUGAAAGUCGUUGUGACCUAUUAAACUUCCUGUUGAUCAUGGAUUAUUUGGGCAUUAACUUGGCCACUGUGAACUCCUGCAUCAACCCCAUCAUCCUCUAUUUUGUGAGCAAGAAGUUCAAGAAUUGCUUUAAGUCAUGCUUGUGCUGUUGGUGUUACACCAAGAACCAGGUGUCCAGCUCAGGCCCAAUGAAUGGCACUAGCAUUCAAUGCAAAAACCAUGAGCCCGGCAACCUCAUUACUGACAGAAGCAUCCGCAAAUACAGCGAUUGAGAGGUGAAGGACUCACUCCAGUCAGCCUACAUGCUUUAAACGCAUUAUAGAAGCAGACAUCAUCCAGUGUCAAACUUUGAGAUGGAAAACAUUGUAACUAUUUUUAUGAAACUAAAGUUCCUGUGCUCUGCACAGUAUCAGGCUGUUUUUAUAUAUAGCAUCAGACCAGACAAUGGACCUGAUAUAUAAGAGCUACAGCAGCUGUUCCUUUUGAAGUGAGCUGUGUGAGAAGUUGUGGGAGUGAAGACCACCAGCAACAGGAUGCAGCUGAACCUAACAGCCACCAAUUAACCUUCAUCAGGAGCUGGACAUGUUUUCCUUAUGACAACGCUGAACUAUGAGCAUGCUCUGGAUGGUCACUGUCCGACGUUAAAGGAAGUUACUUAAAGGAAGGGUGAAGUGGUCAAUCUGUGUUUUCUGUGUUCCUACCUACAAGCUUUGCCAAAGAAACUCCCUGCAUGCCUUUAUUUAGUUGUUAAGUGAAUCAUAAUGUGCGCUGGACGACACCUCUGUUUAUUUAGUGGGGUAGGAAGAUAAUGAAUAUAUGCCUUUGUGUUUGAAUUUCAAAUUAAGUUUAUUGUGUAUAUGCUUGUUUAAGAUUAAAUUAGAAUUAAAGAAUUAAAUUAAAAAUUCUAACCAUGAACAUAAGACAGCAACUGUGAAAUGAACCAGCUGGGUUUAGUUCCAGCAAUAAGGAGGCAAAUAAAACUUGGACCUUGCUGGGAUUUAAGAGUAAUUUCUAGGAAUGCAUCCAACUGCAACAAAUGCUGUGUUAUAGGGUAAAGAAAGGGAAAAAAAGAGCAUAAGGGCGCGGGAAAAACGGCCCUUCUGUAAUCAAAACAAAAACGUCCAAGAGAUACAAACAUAUCUUUGCCUUUUUUUUUGACACUGUGAAUUUUUUUUCUGUGUAGAGAGCUCAUACAUGCUAUUAAUCUUGCAUAAAUUAAUAUUAUUAAUAUUAAAUAGCCUCAGUAUUUGUAUAUCAUCUGUAUUUUAAGUUGAAAUAUUUAUUGUUGUAGGUUGUAGGAAAAAAAGUUUGGGGUCAGUAAGAUUUUUCCCAAUGUUUUUCUUCAGGAAAUAAAGAUGCAUUAAACGGAUCAAAAGUGACAGUAAAAACAUUCAACAUGUUAUAAAAGAUGUUUCUUUCAAAUAAAUGCUGAACUUUACAUUUCAGCUGAAAAUUGCAUUUUUUUCAAAUUCAAAUAGAGAGCUAUUCAGAAUUGUAAUACUAUUUAUGAAGAUGAAGUUUUUUUCUAAAAUCAAACUACAAAAAAAUCUUACUGGCCCCACAUUUUUGAAUGGUCGUGUAUAUGGAAUGUUAUGCAAUCAAUUUUCUUCUUUAUGUAUUUUGAAACUAAUAUGAAUGAAAUUAUACACAUUCUGACAAAGACCUAUAUGGGUCUUGUUAAUUUGGCUUGCUGGUGAAUAUAAAAAAGAAGAGGUCAUUUCUGUAAUGAAAUUUGAUGUCACAGAUUAUCCAUAUGUUACAUAUGUGCUGGUCUUCAACACCACCACUGAGUGAGGAAUGCUGCACAUUUAUAUCAAUUCAAACGUAUUAUAGCACUAUAACAACCAAACAGCUCUGUUUACACUAUAUGUAAUGCAGUACAGUGAAUAAACUAUAGUUUAUUUUACAUAUCAUGAAUGACUGGUUAAAACAACACUUUUAUUUUUUUUACUCAUAGAUUGUUAUAGCAUCAGUUCAGUUUUCUAGAUAAGCUGCUACUUGUUUUUAAGAGUAUUGGACCAGACUAUCGAUUCUACCACUUAAAGCAAUGUUAUCUUAUCUCUAAGUGUUAUGGAGUUUCAGUGUUAGAAGAAGAAAGGUGCCUUGUGACAGCUGUCUGUUUUCGGCCUGGGAAGAAGCUUCAGUUUGCGAGUGCUUUGUGAUGGACUUUGACCCAACAGGCAACACGGCCCCUCCGGGUCACCGGUGUCACCCAGAGGAUGUGAACGGGGCACACUAGAGGAUCAGAUGUAAACUGUGGAGCUAUUACCGUCAUCUGUCUGCGAUGUCAGUUUAGAAAGUGUUUAUUUGGACAAAAGUACUGGUUUGGACAAAUAAAUGUGUUUUUUAUUUGCUUGUGUGGAUUCUUCUAAGUAAAUAAAGAAGUGUAUAUAACGGA